AUGGAUGUUCGAGAUGAAAUUGACAUGAACAAGCUACAAAAUCCAACGAAAAGCAAAAAUACUGGAAGAUCUAGUGAACAGCCAAAAAUCGGCACUGAAAAGCAAUCAGACAUGACAGAAACUGGACAAUACCAAAUUGAGAAUGAAAUUGAAACUGGAAAGCAAAUAGACAAAGUCCAAGAACAACCACAAAGGUUAAUACUCAAAUUUAAGCGAAGACCAACUAAAUCCCAGCCAGAGGUUCAGAAAGUAUUAAGUGAAGGAGAUGGAAAUGCAUCUUCAACUUCUGAGACAGAAGUUCAAAAAUCAUUGAGUGAAGAAGACGACAAAUCUUCAUCAAAAUCCCAGCCUGAAGUUACUGAGAAAUCUUCAUCAAAAUCUCAGUCCGAAGUUCAAAAAACAUCAAGUGAAGUAGAUCAAGAAGAUCCUUCAAAAUCUAUGGGGCAACAUGUUAGUGAAACAACUUUUAGCAAAGAGCAUAAAGCAGAACAACAAAAAAAAAAGGAUGCAGCAAUGGUAGCUGCAGCUGCUGCAAAAGCCAGCAAAGAAGCUGAGGAGAGGAUAGCUACACCUGCCGUAGCUGCAAAAAUAGGAGCUGAGAAAAGGGCACCUGCUGCUGAUGCAGAAACCAAAAGAGUCGCCGAGGAAAAGGCAUCUGCAGCUGAGAAAGAAGCCAAAAGACUGGUUGAGGAAAAGGCAUAUGCAGCUGAUGCAGAAGCCAAAAGAGUGGCUGAGGAAAAGGCAUCUGCAGCUGACGCAGAAGCCCGAAGAUUGGCUGAGGAAAAGGCAUCUGCAGCUGAUGCCGAAAGAGAAGCUGAGAAGAAAGAAGCUGAAAACAAGAGGAUGGAGGCUAAUAAGAAAAAGGAAGAAGAAGAUAAAGCUGAAGCAAAGAAGAAGGAUAUUGAGGAAAGAAAGAAAGAAUAUGAAGAUAAAAUGAGUCAGCUUAUUGCUAAAAACAACAAAGAGUUGAUAGAGGAAGCGGAAAGGAAAGAAGCUGAGAGAAAGGAAAGAGAAGCUGAGAGAAAUAAAAAAGAAGAUGAUGAUGCCACAAAAGCAAUUGCCAAGGUGGUUGGAAAUGUAAAUGCUUCAGAGAGUGCAGAUCCAACCAAUGGUGGUAAUGGAACAAGAAAAGGAAGGAAGACAACUGCUAACAAGAAGAAAGCCAUUCAAAAUAUAUAUAUUGAUGAAGCACUACAAAAGAAGUUGCACAACAUAUCAGAUUCAUACAAUCCGAGAAGAAGUACAAGAUCAAUGGUGAAAGUGCAAGAAAAUGUUUGUGCUGAAAUAGUUACCAGAGAAGAAUUUGAUGGAAAAGAUGUUUCUGAAGUUACUUCCAAAGUAACAAAUACUCCAAAGAAAAGGAAAGUGGCUGAGAAAGAAGUUGAGGAUGAGCCUUUGGAUGUUGAGAUCACAAAAACAAAAAAGCAAAAAGGAGUUGAGAAAAAAGCAUCUGUUAAAGGAAGAAUUCUUCCUCUUAGGAUUGCAACGAAAAGAAACAAGAAAAAGGAUACUGAAGAAGUGAAAGAUGAACAGAAAACAGGACUUGCAGAAGUCAUAGCUAAAGGGAAAAGGAAAAUGAAAGAAAGUUUGAAAAAAAGAAAGGAACAAGAAGAAGAGGUUCAAGAAGAAGAGGAUGAAGAGAAAACUGAGGAAGAAGAGGAAGAAGAGGAAGAAGAUGAGGAAGAUGAGGAAGACGAAGAAUGGGAAGAAGAAGAAGUGAAACAACAAAAAAAGAUGAAAAAAAAGCAAACAGUACCAGUGAAGGAUAGAACAACACCAAAAGCAAACCUACCUGCUGAAAAGAAACGAAAGAGAAAAAUAGCUGAUGAGGAUUGGGAAGGGAAGGAAGAGAAUGAAAAUGAUGAUAUUUACAAUUCAGAAAAGGAUUUAAUUGUGGAACGGGAGGCUUCCCCUUUGGCGAUGAUUACCAAAGAAGUUCCUGCAAGAAAGAAACCAAUGAAAUCAAUCGCUGUUUACAAGGAGAGAGUAGAAGAAGAAGAGCAAGAAAAAACUGGUGUUAGAGGAGGACACGGAAAAUUCAUCACUUUCAUUUCCAUGAUAAAUGAACAGAAGAAGGAGGCCGUUCGGAAUAUUGGUCUAGGAGCAUUGCUAGAUUUCCAGCUACCUACUUCAUCCCAACAAUUUGUUACAUGGCUGUGUAACAACUUUGAGGAAAACAGCCAAAAUCUUUAUCUGCCAAAGAAUGAGAAAAUUCUGAUAGAAUUUGAGGACGUGAAAAAGAUAUAUGGUCUUCCUAGCGGUGAAGUAGAAAUAGUUGAGGCAAAGUCUGACAAGGCUAGUGAAGAAUUUUCUGCAUUCAUGGCAAGUUGGAAAAAGAUCUUUGUAGAUUCAAAGUGGAAUCCUCUUGGGAAUAAGGUCCCAUCAGUUCAGAAAAUUUUGAAGUACUACAGUCGAGAAGACCAAAUUGAGGCUGGACCGGAUGCAAAUUUCAUUACAAGCUUCUUGGUGGUGACUGUCAACACGUUGAUCAAAAGCACAUUGUCAAACCAAGCAUACUUCAAAUUUUUGUUCUCAAUGAUGAAUCAUGAGCAGAUCCAGAACUUGAACUGGUGCAAGUAUGUGUGGGAGGCACUGCUCUCAACUACUGCACAGUAUAAAAAAAACCUGAAACUAAAGGACAAAGCAACAUUUUUCACAGGACCAUUGCCGUUGUUGACGAUUUUCUAUUUUGACAGAGUUCAAAGAAUGAACUUUUUUCCUCCAAGACGAAUUCCACUUGUGUCCUGCUAUACAAAGGAAAUAGGACAAAAACGGAAUAAAUUGGAGGAAAGUGGCUUUGGAUUGGGGAAGGUGUUACCCAAAAUCAAUAUUGAAGAAAAACAAACUCGCAAGGAGUUUAUGGAUGAGUUUGUGGGUAUAAUUCAAGCUGUUGGUGACAAUUUGUCAAAGCUUUCUGAUUCACUGAAGAAGGCGCAAGAAUUCUUCCCAGGAAAUGAGUUGGUAUCUAAAGUGGAAGAGUUCUUGUCAAAAAUGGCAAAAGAACCAUCAUUAAGCCAAGAUGAGUGGUCUGAUGACUUCAUUAAGGCUCUAUUGGAGAAAGAAAAAGAGUUGUUGGAUGCAAUUGAUCUGGAGAAAAAGAAAGCAAAAAAGGAUAAUAUCAAGAAAGCUUUCGACUUGGGACUUACACCAUCACCGAUGGUAGAUGAUGACAAGUUGAAAGGUCAGAAAGCUGGUACAUCCACCUCUACGCCAAGUUUUUCACUGGAAGAAAUAGAUGAAUCUUUGGCUUCUGCUAUGCUGAAUCUAAAACAAAGAAGGGAGGAAGAGAAAAAAGAAAAUGAAAUUGCAAAAGCUAAGAAAAUGAUCCAAGCAGAAUCAGAAGUGAGUGAACCAGCUUCAGAAGAACCAAAAACAACAGUGGAGAACAUUGUUGUACAAGAAGAGAAGAUUGUGAGCUUGGAUGCAGCUACAGUGGAGCCUGAGUUGCAUGUAUCAGAAAUGAUGCCUGUAACUAAUGUAAUUCAAGAGAAGCCUGCACCAGAAGUGAGUAAUGAAAAGGAUCCUGCACCACAAGUGAUUAAGAAGAAGGUUACAACAGAUGGGGUUGAGGAGCAGCCUGCAACAUAUAAAACAAAUGAAAAUGUUGAACCACAAGUGCUUGAGAACAAGGUUGCAACACAAAUGGUGCAAAAAGCAGUGGAAGCUGAACAAUCUGUUGGUGCAGAACAAUCUUCUCUUCCUUCACCAAAACUCCAAAAUGAGAAAGGUGACGAAGGAAAAAGACCUCAGAGGAUUCACAAACUACCGGCUGCCUUCUCUUCUCCAUAUUUGGUCAAGUAUCGAGACUUGUUCAAAAAUCUGGACACAAUGCAUCAAAGCCUAGAAGAUUAUGUCUUAAGUGGUCAGGACAACAGAGAAGACAUGAAAACACUGGUUGAUGAAGUGGAAGUGGUUGACUGUGUGAUUGAUUCAUGGUCGAAGUAUCUAAAUGCAAAGGGCCAUAAAGAUAAACUCUUUCUUUCAACAGUUCCAUAUAUAUUCAUCCCCGUUCUUGCUGCAAAACACUUAUAUCUUCUAGUCAUCAACCAUUACAAUGCAACUGUGGAUGUAAUUGACAACAGGCCUCUACCAAGAAAUGUAAAAUUUGAAGCUAAAUACGAGGGACACCCAGAAGUUGUGUUGGAUGCUUUUGCAAAAUAUAUGGGCACAUUUGGUUAUGAGGUAGAACCAAUGCAAAAGUAUGAAAUGAAUUUGCUCAAGAUGAAAUGGAGAAGCAUGAAGGACUAUACAAACUGCGGUGUGUAUGUCAUGAAGCACAUGGAGACCUAUACUGGUGAUCCAGAACAUAAAUGGAUAUGUGACUUGAAGGCAAAUGAUACAAAUCAAAUAAGGAAGCUUCGUGUCACUUUCUGUGGUCUCCUAAUGCUUUCAAAGCAAAAUGAAAAGCAUGAGUCAAACAUAAAUGAAGCAUGGAGGAGUUAA